AUGGACGGCGUCGUGGGCUCUGCGCCCGCCGGCCACAUGUAUGUCCGCGCUCUUUACGACUACGAGGCCGACGACAGGACCAGCUUGAGUUUCCACGAAGGCGACGUCAUCCAGGUCAUCACCCAGCUUGAGAGCGGCUGGUGGGAUGGUGUCAUCAACGGUGUCCGUGGCUGGUUUCCCAGCAAUUACUGUCAGAUCAUCGCCGGCCUCGACGACCUCCCCGAACAAGGCCAUAAUGGCCACAUCGACCACCUCGACGACGACGCCGAGGAGCAGGACGUGUACGACGACAGUUUCGAGCACGACGACGAGUCCGAAGCGGACGGCUCCAAUGGCCUGCCCCUCGAGGGCAUCGACAUGGCCGACAAGUCGCGGGCCGAUUUCUGGAUCCCCCAGGCCACCCCAGACGGCCGACUCUUCUACUACAACAUGAUGACGGGUGACCGCAGCAUGGAGCUCCCGCUCGAGUCCCCCGUCUCCGCCACCGAAACCGGUCCUCGGGACCGCAUGAACGUCACCAUGCCUGACAAGACCCGCCCUCCUCCCGAGAUGAUGGCAAGAGGCCUGAUGCAGGACGAAGACGACGAUUCGGCGACGUCUGCCUCCGAAGCCGAAGCAGAAUCCAUGCUGCUUGCUUCGAGAGGUUACCUGGUAAUGCCCCCAGCCCCUGCGCCCGUUCAUGCGGCUACCCGAAGCGCGUCCACCACUAACCGUUCCGCCCCUUCCCAGGCUCGGAAUCGCACAUCGUUCAGCGGCGUCCUCUCCCCCUCGACCUCGAUGGAUUCCAUGAACGGCGCAUCGCCGGCCCGACGCAAGCGCACCGACGGCAUGGCCAACGGCAAGGCAGGGACUAGAGAGCCUCCCAACAUGGUCUCGGCCACCUCCUUCAUCAGCACCACGUACAACCUCCCCACCACCGCGACCGUCCCGCGGUCCUUCUUCGACGACGGCUCCACUCCUCCGCUCACUUGGGGCCUGCUAGUAUCCAACAUGAAGCGCGCCAUCGACCGCUACCGGGAGGCAAUUACGAACAACAGCCGCUCCGAGUACGUCGCUAGGGCCGAGGACAUAUCGGAUCAUCUCCGCCUACUGCUCGCUGCCGGCUCGGGCACCACGGACAACCACUCCGGCCAGCCCUCCAUCAUCUCAACAAACAAGGCCCUGUAUCCUCACUUCCGCGACAUGAUGUCCAAAUUCUCCAAACUCGUUAUUUCCUCACACAUCGCCGCUGCCGAUUGGCCCAACGCAGAAUCCGUACAAAAGUGCCUACAAGAGGCUGACGGCGUCCUGCUUGGCGUCUUCAGCUACGUGGACGUCGCGAGACAGCAGCGGGGCGAGGAGAUCCCGAGAUUAUUCCCCGGAUUUGUCAUUGGAAGCAAUGCCGGCGGGAACUGGCAGAACAACGGGCUAGGACCGCGAGACCCCAUUGCCUCCAACUUCUUGGACGACGACGAAGGGGCGGUGGAACCUACUGCUAUUCUCGACGGCAAGCUCCUCGAGAGACUGGAUGAGCAGAAGCGAAUCCUCGUGUCGAGCAUUAGGGAGCUCGACAAGAGCCUCGUUACGCCGGAGAACAUCAUCACGCCAUACCGGCAUGAAGUCAUUGGAAACAAUGUCUGCUCCGCCGGCGGCAAAGUGGUAGACAGGUUCAGGCCGUGGAUCGCCAUGAUCGAAUCCAUCGACCUCUCCUCCCUCGGUGACAGCUUUCAGACGCCCCAGCUCGCCGACUUCAGCACCAACAAGCAGAGCCUGUACGACAACAUCUCCGACCUGCUGCUUGGCUGCCAGGCUGUUGCGGGGCCCUUGGCAGACGAGUGGAGCGAAGUGCGAGGAGAGGCGCUCGAGAACCGCCUCGAGUACGUGCGCCAAUGCGCGCGAGCGCUCGAGACCAAUUCAUCACACAUCGGCUUCUCGCUGCAGCUGCUCUCGGAACAGGUCCAGAUCAACAUUCAAUCGCAGCAACCGCAAGCCGACCCCCGCUUCAGGGGAGACCAGGGCCCGCGGCAGCUGCAGCGGGUGGAGACAAUGCCGUACGAUCGGCCCCAUCAGCGCUCGGACUCGAGAACUGCCGGCAUGCGGCCCCCCUUGAUCACGGCCCAAUCGUUCAGCGAGGGCGAGCCGCCGCCGGGCAAUUUCAGAAAGGGCGACUAUUCCAAGGUGAAGAAGAUAUUUGGGGAGGACCCUUCACCGCAGACGGCCGUCAACGACGAUACGCCAGUCUACAUGCGCCUCGAUUACGAAGACGAUGUGUCCUGGGACAACAAGACCACGCCGCCCACCGUCAAGGGUGGAUCUCUCCCAGCUCUUGUCGAGCAGCUCACGCGGCACGACAAGCUGGAUCCGAAUCUCAACAACACUUUCCUCCUCACGUACAGGUCUUUCACCUCAGCACGAGAGCUUUUCGAGCUGCUUGUCAAGCGUUUCGGUAUACAGCCACCAGAAGGCAUCACCCAGCAAGACUAUGAGGCUUGGAGGGACCGCAAGCAGAAGCCGAUCAGAUUCCGAGUUGUCAACAUCCUAAAGAGCUGGCUUGACAAUUUCUGGAUGGAGGAGCACAACGAGGAGUCGAAGCAGCUGAUCCGUGACGUGUACACCUUUGCCAGGGACACGGUCAAGUCGACUGAGACGCCGGGCUCCGGUCCUUUGAUGGCAGUGCUCGACCAGAGGCUGAGUGGAAAGGAGGUGGGGGCCCGUCGGAUGAUCCAGACGCUGAACCAGAGCACGCCGUCGCCGAUUGUGCCAAAGAACAUGAAGAAGCUCAAGUUCCUCGACAUCGACGUUACCGAGUUUGCGCGACAGCUCACCAUCAUCGAGUCUAGGCUGUACGGCAAGAUCAAGGCCGCCGAGUGCCUGAACAAGACGUGGCAGAAGAAGGUCGGCGAGGGCGAGCCUGACGCAGCCCCCAAUGUCAAGGCAUUGAUCUUGCAUUCGAACCAGAUGACCAACUGGGUCGCGGAGAUGAUCCUUGCCCAGCAGGACGUCAAGAAGCGCGUGGUGGUGAUCAAGCACUUUGUUUCAGUCGCCGAUAAAUGCCGAGGACUCAACAACUUUUCGACGUUGACGUCGAUCAUCUCCGCGCUUGGCACCGCGCCGAUAGCUCGGCUGAAGCGCACCUGGGACCAGGUCCCACAGCGGACGCAAGGCGUGCUGGAAACGAUGCGCCGGCUGAUGGCCAGCACCAAGAACUUUGGCGAGUAUCGUGAGGCGCUACACGCCGCGAAUCCGCCGUGUAUUCCCUUUUUCGGCGUAUAUCUGACGGAUCUCACGUUCAUCGAGGACGGCAUACCCUCGAUCAUCAAGAAGACUAACAUGAUUAACUUUGCCAAGCGGGCAAAGACUGCGGAAGUCAUCCGGGACAUCCAGCAGUACCAGAACGUGGGGUAUUCCCUGCAGCCUGUCCCGGAGCUGCAGGAUUACAUUCUGAGCAACAUGCAAGCCGCGGGGGAUGUUCACGAGAUGUACGACAAGAGUCUUACGAUUGAACCGCGAGAGCGUGAGGACGAGAAGAUUGUGAGGGUGUUGGCCGAAUCGGGCUUCCUCUAA